AUGGCCAUAGAAAGCCCUCCUACAGACUUGCUCAUGGCAUCCUCGUUUGCUGCAUAUGUGGUGACUACAGCCCCCUCACGGAAUCAAGACGUGUUGGCUUGCUCCGAAGCUUGGGACUAUCUGCGCGACGUUCUCUUGCUCGUCUUAUCUCACCAAUUUUUAGGCGACGAGGAGCCUCUGGCAUUACUUGUGUGUCCGAUGGUUUGCCAAGCUUUGUCCUCCUUGAUUUAUUCCGCAAUUAGCGCAACAUUGCAGUAUAUCCUGUCUUCUCCGUGGACCAUGAACCUUUGCGCAGAGUUGCAACAACUCGCGAAUGCGAGUAGCUCUGAUGACAGCACGUAUACGAGUGUCCUGCGAGACAGAACUUUGCCGUUUGCGGAGGCUUUGUUAUUCCACAUUACUGAUACUCUGCCAUCUGGCAUCUGCAGAACAGAGACCAUGGUCCGCAAUUCAGAUAAACAGAGUCGAACAGGAUCAUGCUUGAUCGCGUGUAGAAUAGAUUCCGUACCUCGCCUUAUCCUCGUAACAAUACCAUCCGUGUAA